AUUCUGCAAGUGAAUUAAUUUCGCUAUCUUACUUUUUAAAAAUGGAAUUGAAAAAAGCAAUAAUCCUCAUUCCAGUCCUUUUGGCUAUGGUUCUUCUUAUUUCUUCAAAGGUGUCAGCCAGGAGCUUAAAGGUUGUUGAAGAGAUAAAUGAAAUAAAUAAAGCCAGUUAUGUUAAUGGAGGCUACAGAGGUUAUCCGAAUAAUGGUGGUGGUUAUCCAGGUAAUGGUGGUGGUCACGUUAGUAGUUAUUAUCCCGGUAUUGGUCACGGUUAUGGUCAUAGUUAUUAUCCAGGUAUUGGUCGUUAUGGUGGUGGUUAUCCGAUUAAUCGGGGUUUUGUUGGUGGAUACAAUGGUGGUGUUGUACCGGGUAAUAUUGGUGGUACUAUAAGUGAUAUUCGUAGUUAUAUUGGUGGCUAUAUAAAUGAUCGCUUGAGGAAUGGUGGUCACGUUGGUGUGCAAACUGAGGACAGCAACACUCGUAACUAAUAGCCAUAUAUAUCAUCGUUUAUGAUACAUUUUCUUCUUGAUAAAUUUCAUCAAUAAAUAAUGUUUGUGUGUAUAUCAAGAGAGAAUUUAUCUUUGUUGUUGUUAUCUAUCUUGUCGUUUAUAGUAUUGAUAUUUCACUACUACUAGAAAUCAUGUAUAAAUACAUCACUCUAUAUGAGAGGAUGAAUUUAAAUUUGGAAUAGAAGUGUUGAAUGUAUUAUUAUCAUGUCAUUUAUAGAUCA